UCCCCGCGCCAGGACAAGAUGGAAGAAAGCAUCGGCCGCAAGAGAACAAUGUUUUGGCUAUAACACCUCAAAGGAACGAACAAGGGAAGAAAAUACGAACGUUUAAAGCCAGUCGCGGUCAUGUGUAGGACAUCCCCAACUGGCCCCAUCUAGUGUUUCCCCACCUGCACUUGCCGAACAACCAUGAGUAUUAUCCAAGACAAGCUAGGCAACGAGUUUCUGCGAGGCAACGGGGGCAUGGACCCCAACUUCGCCCCCGGUAUGCUCAUGUUUAGCCACCUGCCGCCUGUCACCAGCUUCACCCGCCUGGCUUCGCAGUCGGUCAUGGGGGGCAACCAACCCCAGGAGAUGAUCCUAAAAAAGGAGCGUGACUCGCCUCCCGACGCCCACGCCGGCAGCUUCCUCCAUGGCAUGGGCAUCAAGCAAGAGCGGAUGAGCGAGCUAGACUACCGUGUGCCCCUCUAUGGUGUAGGAGGGCUGGGUGGCAGCUGUGGGGGAGGAGGAGGGGGCAUGGGGAAGGGCAACGAGAUGCUGGAUAUGCAGUUUGGUGGAGGCCACCACCACAACCAUCAGAACAUGCUGCUGCAUGACCUUAGCAACGGCCGAAUGGGAGAGCUGAUGUCUGGAAGACCAGAGAAAGGGCCAAAAGAGUCGUCAGGAAGAAGACGGAAGAGCGACGGGGAAGGGAAAGCCAGAAGAAAACGUGGAGAACCCAAGAUGUUGGAUGGCGACGGGGCCAGCCUGUCUCCCAACUCCAAACCACACAUCUGCGAGCACUGCAACGCCGCCUUCCGUAGCUCCUACCACCUCCGCAGACACGUGCUCAUUCACACAGAUCGCACAGGUGAGAGGCCUUUCCGGUGCAGUCAGUGUAACAUGAGCUUUAUCCAGAAGUACCUGCUGCAGCGGCAUGAGAAGAUCCACAGCGGAGAGAAGCCCUUCAGCUGUGACCAGUGUAACAUGUGCUUCAUCCAGAAGUACCACAUGGAGCGGCACAAGAGGACCCACAGCGGAGAGAAGCCAUACAGAUGUGACACCUGCCAACAGUUUUUCUCGAGGACGGAUCGGUUACUGAAGCACAAGCGGUCCUGUGGAGAAGCCAUAAAGAAGGGCCUAGACCCCAGCAUGCUGCAGCUGGCCGACACGGACAUGAGCCAGGGCAACUACUCACUCACUCAGGGAAAUGCUACCACCACCUCUGGACGCAAGAGGGGCAAGUCCAAAAACGCAGGCGAAGGCAGCGAGCGCAAGCGUAAGAAGGCUGCGGCCGCCACUGUGUCGUCAGGGGGCCUGCAGGACUCCGACCUCGGGCCCAGCAUGCAGGGCCUCACACCCAAGCUGGUGUUCAAGAAGGCCAAGAAGCACCUCCACUCCAUGGAGGACGAGGGGCAGAAGCUGCUGUCUCAGAAGCAGGGCUCCAUGGAGCUUGUGGGGGGCUCAGGGCUCGAGGCCAUGGGCCUCCUCCAGGGCUCCUCCGGUGGGGGCAUCAAGCAGGGCCUGUCAGCCACCAGCAACAACUACGAUGACGCCAUGCAGUUUGUGAAGAAGCGUCGCUACCUUCAACAUAUGGCCAACAACGACUAUGGGGUGCCCUCCCUCCACAUGGGCCAGUCCAGCAGUGUGAUUCAGGGCUCGCUGGGCCACCACAACGAGCCCACCCUGGCCAUGCUGGACGCCUUGCCCCUGGACCUCAAGCACCACGACAAGUCAGGCAUCCCAGACGAGGUGCUCCAGAGCCUGCUGGACCACUACAGCCACAAGUCAGACAACACGCACCACCACCACCACAACGACGUGACCUUUGACCUCACCGACAGCAGUGGCCCGCACCACGUGGACCUGCAGCCGGCUGCGCCUGUCACCUCAGAGCUGGAUGACGACUCACCCAACGGCGGCGACAAGCAGGUGGUGAUGAGCGAGUACUCCAAAUUCCUGCUGCAGGCCCUGGAGCGCACCAGCCACAGCGGGCCCUUCCCCACUCUGGGCCCCAGCAGGCCCUUCCCUCUGCUCUCUAGCAGCUCCAGCCCCACGGGGCCCCUCUUCCCUGACAAGCAUGUCUACACUACAUCCCCGCUGGAAUGUGGCUACCCGUCAGCCAUCUCCUCGCCGUUGCCCAUCCCCGCAGUUUCCUCUUCCUCGUUGUCAUCCUCUAAGUCCCACUAUGGCAUGCUGGUAGGCUCCCCCUCCCAGCCGGCCUUCCACCUCAGUGGCCACCAGCAGCUCACCCCCUCUCAGGAGCUUACCGAGCAGCUGGAGAAGCAGCACCACUCCCCUGGGUUCCAGCUCACACCCCAGGAGCUGACGGCUGCCGGCGGAGCCCCCAAGGAGCAGGGUGCCAAGGGCAACAGGAGCAACGGCACCAAUGGCUCCGGCAACUACUCCGACCUGGAUGCACCCAAGGAAGUGGACCUGCGGGCUACCUACCAGAUCGAGAACUUCGCCCAGGCCUUUGGCUCCCAGUUCAAGUCGGGCCGCCAUACCCCACUGGGCUACAGCGCUGACCCCAGGGCCGAGGUCGACCACCGAAUACGGACUACCGUGUCAGAAUUCUCAGGGUAUACCAGUUUGUUAGCUGACGUCAGCGAGCCAGUUAGUACAGGAUCGAAAACCGCAACAAGCCAAAGUUUCAGGUAAAGGUUAAAACUAGGUGAACCUAGUUGUGGGUGUUGUUUUUUUCUUCGUGUCCUUAUACCCCUCUUCAUUUUGUUCUUGUAGCAAGGGGGGGAAAAAAAUGUAAACACUGCCAUUUAAAUGUUGAUAACGAGAACUCUACCAGGGAAGGUCUUCAAGGCCUCAAAUGCAAUUU